GAAACCAGUACUUUUAUACUUUUACUUGAGUAAAAAACUUGAGUUGAUACUUCAACUUCUACAGGAGUAUUUUUAAACUCUAGUAUCUAUACUUCUACCUGAGUAAUGAAUGUGAAUACUUUUGGCACCUCUGCAAAUCUACAAUAAUAAUAAUAAUCCCAGGCUGCUGUGUGGCAGCGGAGCGCCAGUUCUCGCGAGAACUGCGCAGACAGUGCGCUCCGGCCGGUAGCUCAGGUAGCAGCUGCAGCGACCCGCUCCUUCAAUCCGCCUUCAGGUGAACCGCGAUGGAUGCUGACGGCGGCCCCGACGAGGCAGAGAGACCCAGGCACCGUCCCUUCCUGAUCGGCGUCAGUGGAGGAACAGCCAGCGGCAAGUCAACAGUUUGCGCCAAGAUCAUGGAGCUCCUUGGCCAGAACAAGGUGGACCACCGCCAGAGGAAGGUGGUCAUCGUCAGCCAGGACAGCUUCUACAAAGUCCUGACCCCGGAGCAAAAGGCCAAAGCACUUAAAGGCCAGUACAACUUUGAUCAUCCAGAGGCCUUUGACAAUGAGCUAAUGUACAAAACCCUGAAGGACAUUGUGGAGGGUAAGGUGGUUGAAGUGCCAACAUACGACUUCGUCACCCAUUCCAGGUUGGAAGAAAGGAUAACCGUUUACCCAGCAGACGUGGUCCUGUUCGAGGGAAUCCUCGUCUUUUACCCCCAGAAAGUUCGUGACAUGUUCCACAUGAAGCUCUUUGUGGAUACAGACUCAGAUGUUAGAUUGUCUCGCAGAGUCCUGCGAGACAUGAACAGAGGGAGAGACUUGGAGCAGAUUCUCAGUCAGUACACAACGUUUGUAAAGCCUGCUUUCGAAGAGUUUUGUUUGCCUACAAAGAAGUAUGCAGAUGUCAUCAUUCCAAGGGGAGUUGAUAAUAUGGUGGCGAUCAACCUCAUCGUGCAGCACAUCCAAGAUAUUCUGAAUGGGGAUAUUUGUAAAUGGCAGCGUGGUUCCAUUAACGGCCAUGGGCGAGGCUUCAAACGGGGUAACUCUGAGCAGAGCGAGCUGCAGAACGGAGCAAAGAGGGUCCUGCUGGAACCGAGUAGUCGACCUCACUGAGACCGGAUGAAUGUGUGAGUGUGGGAAUGGAUGGGUCCAGAUUUAAUAUGAGCUUUGAGUUGGAACUGUUAACGUGUGCAGACUAGUUCAGAAUACUGUCUCAUCCUCUGCUUUGUUUCGGAAGUGUUAAUUUACAGGUCUAUUUUGUAACAGGUCAAAGUUUCUUCACUGUUUAACCGGUGCAUUCAUGUGGCAAAGGAACGAGAAUCUCUGUCAAUCGUAAGGUUUUACAUAUCAGGACUGAACAGAAAAUAAAAUGAUCUGGUCCUUACCGGGUCUUACAACCAAAAACUUGGAUGAAAUUGGGUCAUGCAAGAAUAUAAUAAUAAUAAUAAUCUCAACCACACCAGCAUAAUCUACAACACGAUGGCUGAAAAAGGGACAAAAACCCCCAAAAAAUCAAGGUGUUACAGAAGCUCAAAGUCUAGACAUAAACGUUGAUUCAAAUGUUGUUGUUGGACUUUAAGGGAGAUGUGCACAUGCCCACAGACCUCAAUGAAAAGAAGCAACUGCUGUCCAGAAUAUUUUUAUAACCAUGUAAGACACUGAUGACGUCAAAUAGAAAACGAUACUACUGAAUCCUGAAUGUUUUCAAUUUUUUUAACACGUUGUUUCUGCAUGUCACCUUUAUUUCUGUCCAACAAUGAAAUGAGGAAAUAUGUUUGUCUGAGGCUUUAUUUACCAACCGACACCUGGUAUGAACAGUUGGUUUUAUUUUGUCUUGACAGUAAAACCUUAGAUUUGAAAGAGGGAUACUCUUGUUCACAUGGCUGUUUAACUACUUUUUAUUUUCAUCAUUAAGUCUUUCAUCAUUCACUGUUUUUAAUUCUUUUUUUUUUUUUUUUUUAAAUGUUCAACCAAGCUGUUGUUGAAAUGAAAAGGUCAUAUGGAAAAAGUAUUAAAAAGGUUCCUUUCAGUUUUUUUUUACAUUUUGACCAUACAGGGUAAACUGUCUCACACUUGUUUCUUUGAAAAAUAAUAAAUAGAAUAUUUAAAUUAUAUUAAUAAAUUAAAGUAAACUUUUUGCCAUUCCUGUCCUUAAUAUUCUUUUAUCCAAUUAUGUCACAAUAUGCAUCUUAGUAAUCACACCUAAUGUAAUAUUGACUGCUUCCUUUUCAUUGUUUUUAAUUCUGAACUGAUGCCUUAUUUUUCUUUUUAUUUAUUUUUCCACUCAAUGUACAAUAAAUAGAAAUUCUGCUAUGAG